AUGUUUUCAUACGUGAUAGGCCUCUUUGCGGUCCUGCUCCUAUAUAAUCCAUUGGUGCAGUACCUUUCGCCACAGCCGGCGAGGAUCCCGAGGACGCCACGCCCAGCGAUCAACGAGAGCCUGCUGGCCAUUGACAGCCCGGGUGACACGGUCCCGGUUUGCGACGCGGACGCAUACGCUGUUCAUAUCCUAUCCAAGGCGCCGCUGGUGGUGUACAUUGAGAAUUUUGUCUCGGCCGACGAGAGACGCCAUUUGCUAGAGCUGAGCGAGCCGCUCUUUGCUCCGUCGACCACCACGUCGGAUGGCAGCCACACGCACCAGAACACCAGCAUCCGCGACUCGUCGGUGGCAUUGCUGCCGCGCGAUGACACCGUGCGGUGCAUCGAGUCGCGUGCGCUGAGUCUCCAGGGCUGGCGCAACGACCUCUGGAUCGAGCGGCUGCGGACCCAAAAGUACGUCGAGGGCGGCCACUACGUGCACCACUUUGACUGGGGCAGCGGCGCGCGGGGCUGGGGACGCGCCAGCAGCAUGAUGGUUUGGGUCGCGGCCGAAGACCUCGAGGGCGGCGGCACAGAGUUCCCGCUACUGAGCCGGAGGGGUCCCGACGAUAAGUGGUGUCAGUGGAUCGAGUGCGCCGCCGGGCCGGAUGGUGGGCAAGGCGCGGCGGCGGACAAUGAGGAGGACACGGAAAAGCGAGGGCUAGAGGAUCAGGUCGGUCUCACGUUCAAGCCCAUCCCCGGCAACGCUGUGUUCUGGGAGAACUUUAUGCCCGACGGCACGGGCAGGGGAUGGAAGGAAACAUGGCACGCUGGCUUGCCUGUGAAGAAGGGCAUCAAGGUUGGGCUCAACAUCUGGAGCUGGGGUCGUUUGGACUAG